AGAAUAUCUCAUAAAUUACAGUUGGUGUACUGGAGUUACUUACACUAUUUGUCUACUUAUUUUCCGUAUAACGUUCUCGUUAAUCUGCAGUUGCAAUUUUUCAUAAGUUAAUUAUUAUAAGAAAUUUAACAAUAUGCCAACUAUAAGCAUUACUACUAACAUACCAAAAUACAAAAUUCCGUCAACUUUUUUAGCUGAAACAUCAAAAUUAAUCAGCCAAACACUUCAAACACCAGAACUAUAUAUUGGUGUGAGAAUCAAGGCAGGACAACAGAUGUGUUGGUUUAAUGAUGAAUUACCAUGUGCAUUAGGAAACAUAACUGGAACUGGAAACUUUGGAGUUGAUGAAAAUAAACAUUAUGCGUCAAUAAUAUACGAUUUUCUUGAAAAAAAAAUUGGCAUACCUCAAGAUAGAUUUUAUUUAUCAUUUGUGGAACAAAAACCAUGCAAUAUUGGUGUCAAAGGCACAACUUUAGAAGAGAUUAUUCAAUAGAUUAUUAGAAGUUCAAUGAUUAUGUGACGAUAAAAUUAUUGUUUUUUUUUUUUUAUGACUUUUAAAUCUAUUAUGUAAUAAUAUUAAUACUAAUAAAUAAUUUGUUUUCAUUCUAUA